CGAUUCAUUCGUGGUUCAGAUGCGUAGUGUUGAAGCGUAAACAGAAGAAGCAUAAACUAGUAUAAAUAGCAUUUUUUAAUCUUUUCCUCAUACUUAAAGAUCUUGGAAGGUAUAAUAGUGUUGUUUGUGGUUUGUGUGUUACUUAUUGAAGUCAUUUCGGUAUUAAUUGGGACAAAAUGGAUAAAACUUUUGUAAAGUUCAUAACGCUCUGGAUGAUGUAUAUUGCAGUAACAAUGAGCAUGCCUUCGAAAGAAACUAAUGAACAUUUAUAUUCAAGGCUUAAGAGGACACCAGCGGACUUCUCUCUUUUUGGAAUUAAUCUAGGAUCAUCUCUUUCAAAAGCCAAAGAAUCUUUCAGCAGCAUUGGAAAUAUAUUUUCACCGAAUCAGGGAAACAGAUAUCAGUAUGAUCAAUCACUGCCACCUUAUCAGUAUGAUCAAUCACCUUACAGAACUGUGCAGAAUCCAAAUAUAAGACAGCCAGUUUAUGCCGCAAACGACAAUGGUUUAACAAGUUCCAUAAAUCAAGAUAGAUACCAAACUAUAAAUAAUAAUAAUAACGGACAGUUCCAAACAAGAAAUCAAUUCAAUGCCCCUGUGACUGACAGAUAUCAAACAGCCCAAAAUGUACCUGAAACAAAAGAUGAGAUCACACAAAGCAAACCCGAAAUUGAUAAACAGUUGUUAAAUUACAUAUUCCAGUCAAAACCUAAUUCCGGAGAUACGACCACAACUGUUGAUCCUACUUAUGACUUUACUACUGAAACUGGUGAAUAUGAGAAUACUACAAUGGAUGGCCUGGAGAUAAGAAUCCCUCCAGCUCCAGUUGUGGCAUCACUUUUGGGUUAAUCUAACUUUUGGCUCUGGCGGCAGCUUCAGCAGCUUUCUUCUCUUCUUCUUCUUUCUUUAUUUGUGCUGGCGUAG